CCGACGAGGGGAGCGUGUUAUCGCAGCGAUAGCAGCGGUGCGCUUCCAGACGACAGGCAAGUCUGCCUGACGGAGGCCGUCGCCCAGCGCUCGCCGUUUUCGAAGUUGACGCUUUCUCGAGGCACGCACGUUGACAUGUCGUCGGACAGGGAGUUUGCCGGGCGCAUUGCUGUGGUCACCGGGGGAGGCAGCGGCAUCGGCGAAGCCAUCUGUCAUGUGCUGGCUGAGAAAGGCGCCCGCGUCGUGGUAGCGGACAUCAAUGUGGAAGCCGCGGAAAGAGUCUCAAAGUCACUACCCGGAGAUCAGGGUCACCUCCCUGUUGAAGUGGACGUUGGUGAGUCAGCGUCGGUCGAAAAGUUGUUCAACGUUGUUUGGGAACACUGUGGUUGCACCCCGGUCAGCAUAAUUGUCAACAACGCGGCCAUUGGCACGUCCUUCGCACCAAUCCAGGACUCUAGCGAAGAAGACUUUGACCACGUAAUCAAGACAAAUCUCAAGGGCACAUUCCUUGUGAGCCGUGCAGGCAUCCGCCGAAUGCUUGACGCUCGGGUCAAAGAUGCAGCCAUUGUCAACGUGUCUAGCAUCACCGCGAAGAGCGGCAUGAAGGGCCUUGCCAGCUACGUGGCCUCAAAGGCUGGCGUUUUGGGAUUGACAAAGUCCAUGGCACUAGACGUCGCUGGUUCUGGCAUCCGCUGCAACGCCGUUCUUCCAGGAUUCACGGUGACCCCCAUGUCUGACCAUCUUACCGAAGAAGAGAAGAAGCAACUCACCGCAAACAUACCACUCAGCCGCCCUGCUCAACCGCGGGAGGUGGCGCAUGUAGUGGCCUUCCUCUGUGGACCACAGAGUUCAUACAUGGUCGGAACCAUGGUUGAAGUCUCGGGAGGUGCAGUGCUGUAAUAAUAAAGAGUGCACGUACAACCUGUCAA